GACUACUGUAGUUAGUGUACAUUUGGUUACCGCCAAGCUCAAAAAAAGAAGAAAAAAAAAAAAAGAAAACAAAAACCCGUCCAUUUUGCAAAACAAUUUCUUCCAAAACCUCACCGCUGUCGGAAAAUUUGAACUAAGCUGAAGUAACGGAAAGCUCAAGCGAAACGCGUCAAGAUGGACCGGAUCGACGCCGCGAAAGAAUUGUCUUUCCGGGUCGGAUUCACCGGCCACAGUGGUCACCUGACGAUAGAGCCUCUCCAUCCCGGCGAGCGGAGCACUCCACUUAGUUCUCUCCCGGACUUCAUACUCCCUCCUGCAUAUCCCCGUGAAACACAAGAAUCAAUAGAAGAAUACAUAAAGGAGAAAUUCUUAGAACCACAGUUGGACCCUGAUGAGUUUUCUGCCGAAAAAGCUGGAAUGCAGUGGGAAUUCGAUUGGUUUGACCGUGCUAAAAUUCAAGUGGAGCCAUCUUUGCCUCAAUCUGUUGUUGUUCCAAAAUGGGAGUUACCUUUUAGACGAACAAAAAGAAAUCCUGAGCAUGAUAUAUGGGAGCCAAGCUCCGAAGAGGUUGACUUGUCAGAACUUACAGCAGGAUCUGAGGAUUCUGGGGUAUUGCCUCGCAUUGUGGGUCCAGCAAAGGACUUUGUUAAAGGAAGCCUCAGUAGUCGACCUUUCCGUCCGGGUGGAUUGGAUGAUUCUUCUUCUUUGGGCAGGAUUCUUCCCGGUGGAGCUUCCACUGGUGAGUGGGUGUCGGAGAUUCUUUAUGGAGGUCCUGCUCAAUCGAUUCCCCCAAGCUUUAAGGAUGGGCUUGAUCUUGGCGAUCUGAAGGCACAUUCAAGCUCUUGGGAAGUUUAUGCAGAUCACAAUCCUGGCAAGACAACUGAAGCCAACACAACUCAAGAUGUGAAAUUGAGUGAUCUGUCUCUGCAGUUUGAUGAUUUAUUUAAAAGAGCUUGGGAAGAGGAUGUUUCUGCAUACGCUGAAGACGGUAGUGUAUCAGCAAUAUCUACGGAAAUGAUCUCCGUUGAUACAGCAUCCGAGACUAAAGAAGACGGUAAGGAGGUUAACAUGAAUGAAUCAUCUGUCUUGGAUGAGAUUCUGACCUUUGAACCGCAAGCAACACCUUUGAUUGAAGGUGAUCUGAAUACUGGCAGUCAACCGCAGAAAGAGGCAUGGGUUGUCAGUGGAGAUGGUGACAAGAUUGUUGAGCGCUUUCAUGAACUUGUACCUGAUAUGGCACUUAAUUUCCCUUUUGAAUUGGAUCCAUUCCAAAAGGAGGCAAUUUAUUAUCUUGAAAGGGGAGAUUCUGUCUUUGUUGGAGCGCAUACAUCUGCCGGAAAGACGGUAGUUGCAGAGUACGCAUUUGCUUUGGCAACCAAACACUGUACAAGGGCAGUGUAUACGGCUCCUAUCAAAACCAUCAGCAACCAAAAAUAUAGAGAUUUUUGUGGCAAAUUUGAUGUGGGCCUUCUCACUGGUGAUGUUAGCUUGAGGCCAGAAGCAUCGUGCCUUAUCAUGACGACCGAGAUACUGAGAUCUAUGCUCUAUAGGGGUGCUGACAUAAUAAGAGACAUAGAAUGGGUUAUAUUUGAUGAAGUUCAUUACGUGAAUGAUGUCGAGAGAGGUGUUGUUUGGGAAGAAGUGAUUAUUAUGCUCCCCAAGCACAUUAACUUUGUUCUUCUUUCAGCUACAGUACCCAACAGGGAUGAAUUUGCUGAUUGGAUUGGUCGGACCAAGAAAAAGAAAAUUCGUGUAACUGGGACUACCAAAAGACCAGUUCCUUUAGAGCAUCACCUCUUUUACUCUGGAGACUUUUAUAAGGUCUGUGAAAAUGAAAAAUUUUUGCCGCAAGGACUGAAAGCUGCCAAAGAUUCAAAUAAGAAAAGUUUAAGUACUGUUGCUGGUGGAGCUGGAGGUGGAGGCUAUUCUGGAUCUGUGGCUAAUGAUAGGGCUCGAGGUCACAAACGUGAAAGUUCUUCCCAAGGGAAACAGACCAAGCAUUCGGGAUCCAAUAACUUUGGAAGCAGUGGUGGUGCUUGGGCAAACCAGAACAAUGCCACGGGUCAUAAUUCGGGGAUGUGGAGAUCAGAUGCUACUUUGUGGUCGUCGCUUAUUAAAAAACUAUCUAAGAAUUCUUUGUUACCUGUGGUUAUUUUUUGUUUCUCAAAGAACCGUUGUGAUAAAUCUGCUGAUAAUAUGAGCACAACUGACCUGACAAGUAGUUCGGAGAAAAGUGGUAUUCGAGUAUUCUGUGAUAAAGCAUUUUCACGGCUGAAGGGGUCCGAUAGAAACUUGCCACAGAUUGUCAGAGUUCAAGACCUUCUACGUCGAGGAAUUGGUGUGCAUCAUGCUGGACUGCUUCCCAUCGUCAAGGAAGUAGUUGAGAUGCUUUUCUGUCGUGGUUUAGUUAAGGUUUUGUUCUCGACUGAGACGUUUGCAAUGGGAGUUAACGCUCCAGCAAGGACAGUUGUUUUUGAUACUUUGAGGAAAUUCGAUGGCAAGGAAUUCAGACAGUUACUUCCAGGAGAGUAUACUCAGAUGGCUGGACGUGCGGGGAGGAGAGGAUUAGACAAAACCGGCACAGUUGUUGUCAUGUGUCGUGACGAAGUUCCCGAUGAAGCGACUUUGAAGAAUGUUAUAGUUGGUAAUCCAACUCGGCUUGAGUCUCAAUUUCGGCUAACUUAUAUCAUGAUCCUGCAUCUACUUCGUGUUGAAGAACUGAAGGUCGAGGACAUGCUGAAAAGAAGUUUUGCUGAGUUUCAUGCGCAGAAGAAACUUCCAGAGCAACAGCUCAAGUUAAAACAAAAACUAGAUCAACCUACAAGAACAAUUGAAUGCAUCAAAGGUGAACCUGCAAUAGAGGAAUACUUUGAGAUGUAUUCGGAAGCUGAAACUUAUAGCAGGAAAAUAAUUGAGGCGGUCGUGCAGUUCUCAGGUUCGCAGCAGUAUCUUAGUCCUGGAAGGGUGGUGGUUGUAAAAUCAAAAUUGGACCAGGAUCGCUUACUUGGUGUUCUGGUAAAAUCUCCUUCUUCCACUAAUAAACAGUACUUGGUUUUGGUAUUGAUACCUGAAGUUACUCCGGCUAUGCAAAAUCCAUCCGGGAGUGGUAACUCAAAAGACAAGAAGGGCACUGAAUUACAGAUGCUGUUACCUAAGUCAAAACGUGGUCUGGAGGAUGACUAUUAUUCUUCAGUAACCUCUCGGAAAGGUUCAGGCGUUGUCAACAUAAAACUACCCCAUCGUGGUAGUGCGUCUGGUGUCAGCUAUGAAGUUCGGGAAAUGGAUGUUAAGGACCUUCUAUCAAUUUGUAAUUCCCGGAUAAAAAUUGAUCAAGUUCGGCUUCUGGAAGAUGUAAGUGUUGGAGCUUACUCCAAUACUGUUCAGCAGCUGCUGAAAUUGAAAUCUGAUGGAAAUAACUUCCCUCAAGCUCUUGAUCCUGUCAAAGAUCUGAAGCUGAAAGACAUGGAUGUUGUUGAGGCUCAUAACAAACUGAACAACUUGUUACAAAAGAUGGCACAAAAUAAAUGUCAUGGGUGUAUAAAAUUGGAGGAACAUAUAAAAUUAGCUCGUGAGUUGCACCAGCACAAGGAGGAAGUGAAGGCCUUGAAAUUUGAAAUGUCAGAUGCAGCUCUCCAGCAAAUGCCUGAUUUUCAGGGACGGAUAGAUGUUUUGAAGGAAAUUGGCUGCAUUGAUGCUGACCUCGUAGUUCAAAUAAAAGGCCGAGUUGCUUGUGAAAUGAAUUCUGGGGAGGAACUAAUAUGCACUGAAUGCUUAUUUGAGAAUCAGUUUGAAGACUUGGAACCAGAAGAGGCUGUGGCAAUAAUGUCUGCCUUUGUGUUUCAGCAGAAGAAUACUUCUGAACCUUCUCUUACACCGAAGCUUUCUCAUGCCAAAAAAAGAGUGUACGAUACAGCGUUGAGGCUUGGGCAGCUUCAGGAGAAGCGCAAGGUACAGAUUGAUCCAGAAGCAUAUAUCCAAGAGAAUCUCAAAUUUGGUCUUGUUGAGGUGGUAUAUGAAUGGGCAAAGGGAACUCCAUUUGCUGAUAUCUGCGAACUUACCGAUGUUCCGGAAGGCCUGAUAGUAAGAACAAUUGUCAGAUUAGAUGAGACGUGUCGUGAAUUUAAAAAUGCAGCUGCAAUCAUGGGCAAUUCUGCGCUGUACAAGAAAAUGGAAUCUGCUUCCAAUGCGAUAAAGCGUGAUAUUGUUUUUGCUGCUAGUUUGUAUGUCACAGGUUUAUAACCACACGAAGACUCUGAAGACCUGAUACACAUCAACUGAUAUGAGACUCCCUAGGACACUAAUUCAUCAGCAUUCUUUUGUUGAUUUUUGGAUUUUACUUCCCGGUAAGCAUCAUCCUUUGGAAGUAAUAUUGGUUUUGAAGGCUUCACAUAUGCUGCUCCACUGCUUCAGUCGUCCUUGAAAAUUCAGUGGUGGCAUCUGAGGUUUGUAUUGUAGCCUAAUUGAUUAUAGAGGUUAAUUUGUAGCUUCAUGGGAAGUAGUAUCAGGACUGUUGUGAUCUGAUAGUGUUGAUGCCGUGAUGGAAAGAUGACGUUGUAACCUUUGUCCUGUAAAUAAACAGUGAAAAUGAGCAUGUAAAGAGACAAAAUAUUGAAACUGUGAAUCCGUUAUUAGUGUUUUUUUCUUUCUGAAUAGUUGAUUGAUACAUGAAAAUUUUACAUGGAAAAUGUACUAAGAACAGUGCGGUUGCAACCCAUUAGGUUCUCUGGUGAGUGUG